AUGCACAUUGGUGGUGAGUUGGCAUUUAUUGUACUAUGGCAAUUAAUUCUGUUUCACUGCAUUACUCGGACGCAUUUGAAUGAUGCUGUGAGGGAUCUUCUCCCUGCGUACGCCGAGAACGAUCUAAGCAGCCUCUGUUCGUGGGCAGAUCACGUAAAGUUCCGAUACCCGUGGUCGUCGGCGCUGCACUACAUCAACACACCUGAUAGUCUCUGCACCUACAGCUAUGACAGAGACUGCAAGGAUGACAGUGGAGAGGCAGGCAGGUGUGUUUCAGGAGCCAUCAAGAAUUACACCAGUCAGCUUCUGACCUAUGGAAAAUCUACCACUCAAAACCAAUAUAAUCUUACAGAAGCACUUCUGUUCCUUUCUCAUUUCAUAGGGGACAUACACCAGCCAUUACAUGUAGGCUUUACCUCUGAUAGGGGGGGGAACACAAUUGAUGUGCACUAGUACAGUAGAAAAACAGUGCUCCACCAUUUGACAAUGCAGGUGUGGGAUGAUAACAUAAUUGAGACAACAGAAGAGCAAUUUUAUAACUCCCAUGUGGCAGAAUUUGUUGAUGCCAUUAACCAGAACAUAACAGGGAAGUGGUCAUAUCAAGUUAAGGAAUGGGAGGAUUGCAGUGACAAUAAAACCACAUGCCCAGAUAAGUAUGUGGUUUGUGGCCUUAAAGUUAGGCUCGGGAAGUGGCUUGCUGAUUUUGCGCACUUGCUGGGAGGACGGUACCUCGACGACCUCAUCUACGACGACGUCUACGACAUGGACGAGGUGACCACAGCGAGUAUGAGCGGAUGCCAUGCCAACGGAACGAACUCUGCGGGGUUAAGUGCGAGGUUUGAGACGAAUCACGAUAGGAACUUCAUGACGAGCAUGUCCUCAGAGGCUUUAAGGAGGGUCGAAACUAUCUACGAGGGUUCAAACGCAAGUUUCACCGGCUAG